GACUCGUAGGCUACACGUGAUGGUCUCUGCGCGUCACCGAAGCACUGUCGCUCGCCUGGAGACUCGAGCAGGGUUGACUGACACUUUGUGCAGCAGGCUACUGUAAACAAAGAAUAAAAACCUUGCAAACUAGCACGGAAAAAAAAUAAUAAAGCAGGGCAGCAUCGGGUUAACUGGUAGAAGUUUCUCUCAUUCAUUCGCCGAGUUGUCUGUUAGGGUGUUUUUCAAUCCUCUUUUUUCCAGAUUUGAGCGUGCCAAGAAGAGGGAAAGCAAAAACAUGGCUGGUAAAAUGGCUGUUUCAAUGGCAGGUUUUGGUCAUUACACCCACGCCAUCGUCCGGGGAAUCCCUGCGUCCCUGGCCAAAGAAGCGCUCCGGAGCAGCCAGUCCGAGGUGGACCUGGCCGGUGCGCGGAAGGAGCAUGAGGCGUACGUCCAGGUCCUUGGGACGAGGCUCGGGCUGGAGGUGGUUGAGCUCCCCGCGGACGAGUCGCUCCCGGACUGCGUGUUCGUGGAGGACGCGGUAGUGGUGUGCGGUGACACGGCGCUCAUCACCAGACCCGGGGCUGAAAGCAGGAGGAAAGAGACGGAGGUAAUGAAAGCAGCUCUGAAGAACUUGAAUCUGAACAUCGUGGAAAUGACUGAUGAGAACGCCACACUGGAUGGAGGAGAUGUGCUUUUCACAGGUCAAGAGUUCUUUGUGGGCCUUUCCAAGCGGACGAAUCAAAAAGGAGCAGAGAUUCUAGCAGAUGUCUUUAAGGACUAUGCUGUGUCUACAGUACCUGUGCUGCAAGGGCUGCAUCUGAAAAGCUUCUGCAGUAUGGGAGGACCAGGCCUUAUUCUCAUUGGCUCCAGUGAACACGCACAGAAAACCCUCAAGAUCAUGCAGCAGAUGAGUGACCAUCGCUACGACAAACUGACGCUGCCUGAUGACGCCGCCGCCAACUGCCUCUAUAUGAACCUACCCAAUAAGGGACAUGUGCUUGUUCACCCCACUGCAGAGGAGUAUCCAGAGAGUGCCACGGUGUUCGACAAAUUGAAGGACCACAUGCUGAUCCCGGUGUCCAACAUUGAGAAAACCAAGGUGGACGGAGCCCUCACAUGCUGUUCGGUGCUCAUCACCAAGAGGGCCAACAUCUGAGCGCACUCAGCAGAGGGUCUCUGAGUGCAUGGUACCCACGCCGAGCCUGAGCCUUAGCAUCACUAAGGAUCCUGAAGUUUAGCUAAACUAUUUUGGUACUCAGAGGAAGGUUGGCAAGUUGAUUGUUGCUGAGGCAUAAAGAGAAUAUAAAUUGGAGGGAGUCAUCUUAAUAAAUAAAUAAGCUUUAAAAAAAAAUAAAAAAUGUAAAUAGAUAAUUUCUCCUGAAACACAUUUGGUUAAUGUUGUGUCGUGAAGAAUGAGGAUGUUACAUUAGAAUCAAGCCACAACAACAAACAUGGAGGUUUGCAAUAUAUUCUCACCAUGUUAAGCGAUAUAUUUUUUGACAGUAUUUACUCAAAAAGUCUACAAAUUAUAAAAAAUGUGGUUCCGGAUGACCCAGUAGUGUGGUCACGCACGGCACAUACAACAUUGGCAUUAUUGCACUGUUGUCCUAAACUGUAAGCAUCUAAUCUGUCGCUCCAUUAUCACUAUAUGAUAAAAGGAUAAAUGGACAAUGAUAAUAAUAUCAUUUUUAUGGGAUUCUAAAUUAUCUGAUCCCCGAUCCGAGGGGUAGACCCUCUGUGUUUGCCAUAUUAAGCCCCUCUAAAACCUGCAGAUCAAUCCUUGUUUACACUGUUUUAUGUUCAACACCUAAAUAGAACUACAGUUCACAGAACAGAGAACUGGACCAAUAGCACCAGAUGGAUCAGAAUGAUAACAUGUUUUUGUAGCCAUUGAACACUUUUAGUUCACUUUCAAUGCAGGCCUUUGACUAACAACUAACAGCAAAACUUCCUGGGGGAACAUACUUCAAUGGAGGUUUGCACCUUUGCCAUCUUUUUACCGACAUUCUACCAGAUAGAGAGUAGUAACGUGUUCAUUUAUUCUUUAAGGACCAUCUGUACCAUUUUCAGAGCAUUUUGGCAUCCCUCCUAAUGAGCCCUUUUUAAGAUUCAUGUGGGGAGAAGCUGCCUGUGUUUGAAAUGAAUGUCUUGAUUAUAAAACCUGUAUUAAGCUUUCAUUUAUUCCAACAUCACACCCCUGCUCCUCUAAAUGUACAUGUAACAUCUGUAUGAAACCAAUAAUGUCUCUCCUGCUGAAUGAUGGUGAAGGCACUGUAGUUUUCUCACUCCAAUAGUGCUGCCUCUUAUUGAUUACAUCGAUUUUGUUCACUGUCUGGCGUUUUUUAGUUGAAAAACUGAUGGGACCAUGCUGUGAAACUAAUUUCUUUAACACUAAAUCCAAUAGCAGCAAAUGUGACUGCAGUGUGAGAGUUUGCACUCUGCAUGCAGAACAAGCUUAGGAACAGCUCGGUGUGUUCCCAUGUGUCUCCACAGCAAACAGGAGACUAAAGGAUGUUAAUGAGCUCUGUUUUGGUGGCCUUAUCACUGUUGUUUUUGACUUCCCAUUUGAGGCCUGUAGAUUUGAAAACUUGUACACUGUACUAUAUACUGUACAUAUUUAAGCCCAUCACAUGUGAGACCAUGUUUUUUCUCAAUGUGAUUGUAAGUGAAAGUUGAGGAAAUUACAUCAGGAGGUGAUUCAACCUCCCUCUGUAGACGUUGGCGUUUGGGCAAGUGGGCAGUGAUGAAACAUGGAAAGAAUUCCUGUUGGGAGGAGAGGCUUGUUCUCCAGUAAACACUGACUCUCUUAAACUUUUCUCUGUCUUUCUGCCCCACUCUCAACACUAGCUCUCUCCGGUCCUCUGCUAUUGCCUCAUAGAAGAUCCGGGCUAAUUUAUGGCCAUGAUAUCAUACAGUUUGGCGAACGCUGUAGAUGUGAUGGCCCGCUGUUAAGUGUGACACUAGUAGAAUAUUUUACAGAAGGCAGCUGGAUGGAUGCGAGGGGAUAGAAUAGUUGCAGAGCAUCCAGUUUUGAUUCUCACACAGUUACUCCAGAAGGCCUGACCAGUCAUUAAAAGCCUAACCAGGGACAAGAUCUGCACAUGGAGUCCUGGCCACUUACCUGUACACCUGUUCAACUGCACGUUAACGCAAAUAUCUAAUCAGCCAAUAACAUGGCAGCAACUCCAUGCAUUUAGGCAUGUAGACAUGUUCAAGACGACCUGGUGAAUUUCAAACAGAGCAUCACAAUUGGGAAGAAAGGUGAUUUAAGUGAGUGGCUGGCUACAGCAGCAAAAGACCACACCGGGUGCCCUGCACCUUGUUGAGUCUAUCCCACGAAGCAUUAAGGCAGUUCUGAAUGCAAAAGGGGGUCCAACCCGGUACUAGCAAGGUGUACCGAAUAAAGUGGCCACUGAGUGAGCACUUAAAGCGAUUAUGGCUAAAUGGGUUGUCCCUGUCAAAUUAACAAAUAAAUCAUAAGGCUUUCUGAUUAGUACAUGUCCUCCCAUUGGAUUUUGUCUGAAAGUUCCCCUCUCUCAUUGCUCCAAUCACCCAUUGCUCUGUGGCAGAAUAAGAUUUUCCUAUCGGCGCUGAUUCAGAACAUUUAAUACAUGUUUGGCUCUUGGCUGGGAGUUUUGUGAGUAACUGUGUCUGUGCUGAAAAUGUGUGCUGACUUUGUUGAAUGUUUAUUUAUCCUCUUACUAAUCCCCUCAUUCACCUCAGUAGUCGUGUUGUUGUGAUUGCUCUUAUUCCAUCUGAGGGCUCUUGGAUUUCGUACAAGUUCUGAGUAAAGUUGUUUGAAUCAUCUUAAAAUAAGCUUGUUGUCUUUGUCGAAUAAAUCAUCUAGCAUUCA